AUGGCAGCUUUUCUGCUUGCAGAGAGCGCAUCAUGGCACGAGGGCGAAGAGAAGAUGCACAAGUUGAUGCGUGUGCCAUACGAAGACAACCCCACGGUUCUCAACCUCAGACCUGGUGGUGGUUAUUUUGUGCAAACAUCGCCCUUGAUGGCAAUAGGAACACUCGAUAAAGAAGGCCGCCCAUGGACGACUGUGUUAGGUGGUGAUCCUGGCUUUGCCGGCGAGAUUGCGCCGUCGAUCAUCGCCGCCAGAAAUACCGUUGAUUUCAAAUAUAAUCCGGUCCUAGAAGCGUUGGUUGAUGGUAAAAAUGAUGGGGAAAUAGUCAAGUUCGAGGAUUCUGGGAGGUUAAUGGCCGCUUUGCCUAUUGAUCUCGAGAAUAGGAGACGAGUGAAGCUGAUGGGACGAAUGAUUGCGGCCUGUGUGAGUAAGGGUGAUUCAGAUCGAAGCAAAUCCGAACAUACUGGGAUGGCUCAGCUUGUCUUCAAGGUCACCGCCAGUCUAGGCAAUUGCCCCAAAUAUAUAAACAAGAAACACAUUGUUCCAGCUCAGCCAGAGCCUACAUUGAUAUCUAACUCGCCCCAGCUGCCUCGGGGUGCAAUCGAUCUACUUAAUCGGGCAGAUACUCUAUUUCUAUCAACAACCCAUCGUCAAGAAUCUAUGGACACUAACAUCAGGGGUGGGCCCCGCGGUUUUGUCCGAAUUUUGUCAAACGAACCAAGUGGAGCUGUCCUUGUAUACCCAGAGUACUCGGGAAAUCGACUAUAUCAGUCUCUCGGGAACCUUCAGACUACACCGUGUGCCGGCUUUGUCUUCCCGGAUUUCGAAAAUGGAAACGUACUUUAUGCGACUGGAGACACGGAAAUUUUCGUUGGCAAAGAUGCCGCUACCCUCUUGCCUCGAUCAAAUCUCGUCGUUAAAAUCAAAUUAACAGCCGCAAGAUACGUUAAAAAUGGGCUCCCAUUUCGUGGAAUAUCCGGAGAUCCUUCUCCCUACAACCCAUCCAUGCGAUAUCUUCCCAUCGAGAGAGUCACGCCUGGUACACAAAUACCAGAAGAAAAAGAAGUCCCAGCAAGGUUAAUAAAAAAGGAAGUGAUCACACCAACCAUCUACCGGUUCCGCUUCCAAAUAAUGAAUCCUUCAAUUGUAGGGAAGUGGGAUCCAGGGCAGUAUGCUACUCUUUCUUUUAAGGAUGAACUGGAUAUGGGGUACAGCCAUAUGCAGGACGAUGACCCAACGAGCAUCAAUGAUGAUUAUAUCCGCACUUUUACAGUCUCGUCACACCCAGGCCGUAAUCUAUCGCAAGACGAGUUUGAAAUCACAAUGCGGAAGAAGGGUAGAGUCACAAACCACCUAUUCAGAGCUAACGAGCGAAGUGGAAUGGAAGUUUCACUGCGUGGUUUUGAUGGAAGUUUUCGGUUUGAAAGCUCUGGCGCUGCGAAUAGAAUCCUCCCUUGCAUUGCAGGCGGAAUAGGCAUCACACCGAUAAUUGCACUGCUACAUACCAUCGAUAUUUCUCGAAUCCAUCUGUACUGGUCGGUAGCUGUACGGGACAUUGGUAUUGUACACGACACUUUUGAGCAAUUCCCCGAGCUCCCGAACUCCACGGUUCUCUUCCUCACGGGCUUACAGGGAGUGGAAGCCAUGCUUGGGGAAGCGGAUAAAGGCAUGCUAGAAUCAGUGGCCAAGUCUAACGCCCGGAUAGAGCAUCGACGGCUGGAUGUUAAAGACUUAGUUCUCGAUGGAACAGAGGAGUGGUAUCUUUGUGGCAGCCCUAGAUUAAGAAAGAGUGUGACGGAUUGGCUUCGUGGAAAGAGGGUUAUAUGUGAGGAUUUUGAUUAUUGA